GCUUUGGGUUCAUAAAAAAAUAUCUUCGCAAAUAAAAACAAUGACCACUAAUUUUCUAUCUAAAAUUUCAUUUGUCAGUAAGAUGUGUUAGUUGCAAUAAUCCAACUCCCAGCUAUUAACCCUCCAGGUCGCUGGGAGUUGCAACUGGCAACAAGAUAUUUCAUAGAAACGUACCGCCCAGAUUCCGGGCAGCACUUAAAUCGAUUGCUGACAUAAUGAAAGCCACCUCAGACGAUGAGACACCCAUUCCAGGGUAUUUAUACAAGGAGGUCUCGGGUAUUACCACCUCUUCCAUUGAAAACUGUGAGACCUGUGUAGAAUUCCUGGUUGACCGACUAAGCCAUGAUUCCAACCAUGUCAAAUUGAAGGUUCUGAAACUUAUGAAGUAUAUUGUUGAGAACGGCCAUCCAAACUUCAGACUGGGUUUAAUAAAGAAGUCCACAGGCAUUAGGGAAGCAACAAAACACAGUGGACCCCCGGACCCGCUGCAUGGGGACGUGCCGUAUAAAAUGGUCCGCAAACAUGCACAGGAUCUCCUUGAAAAAUUGUUUGAUGUCAAACAAAGUAAUGAGGGAGAGGUCAGGAUAAGCCCAGUUGGUAUUGGUACCCAUAGAGACACACACCAGGGUCAGCCUGAAACCAGAAUGGAAGGCUAUGGAAGCAGUCCAAACACACCACAAAACAAAACGAUAGGAGAGGCAGUAAAAGAUUCCCUUCUCAAGAUGGCUGACCGUCUGGGUGAUGGAUCUGGUACUCAACAGAGACAAGUGCUGGAAACCAUCCAGGCCAGCAAGGGCUACACUCCACCAACAUUGAGCUCUAAUCCAUCCAACCAGUAUCAGCAAGAAGAGUCCAAAACUGCAUCAGAGGGAUUGAGAUUAACUAAAGUGUCCCAACCCAGGCACACCCCUGGUAGGGCAGGGGGAGGCUGGGACGACAGUGAUGAUGGUGAUGAUGAUGUCAUUGAUGAUAUAAGACAGAAGUCAAUAUCUGAAAGUUCAAACAAUGUUGAUAGCCUGGACAGACUUGUAGUUGACACAUGUUCAGACAGCGCCAGUGAGACGGCCCUGGUACAGUUCUACCUCACCCAGGAUACCCAGCCAACAAAUGGGCUCUUGACACUGACUCAGUGUCGCCAGUUUCUACAAGACUGCUCUGCCCUGAACUGUGACAGAAUCAUCAACACUCUCAACACGUAUAUCGCUGACACAGAUGAUGGGGGCAGGGUGCUGUGCAGCCUUCAGUUGCUGGAGACACUGAUGUAUUCUGAUCUGGUCAGUUUGGAGCGACUGGUCAUCUCUUGCAAGGACAGUCUGGUCAGUGUCACACGCUCAGCCACCGGUCAGUCAGCAUCCAAGGCCAGAAAGGCCGUGCAGUCUGCACAGGCUGAUGAGGGACAACUCUUGUCAUCUCGACUGGAUUUUUGUGAAGAAUGGCUAUAAAAGUUAUCUCUCAUACUGGAGAAGUUGACCUCCCAUGGCGUCAUUCUACCUGCUCCAGAACACGAGUCUUGACCAAUGAUGUGAUCAGUCUUGGCCAUUGUUGUGGUCAGUUUUGACCAUUGAUGAGGUCGGCCUACCUUGAGAAAUGCUGCAUUCUUUUGUUGUUGAAAGUGCAAUAAAUGUUUAUGUUUUGACAUAA